UUGUUAGCUCCCCCCUUCUAUAAAUACCUUUGCCAUCACAACUAUCUCAAAUGCAUAGAAAAUCUUGGAUCUUCUGAUAGGAAAAAGAGCAGUUUUCUUUGCAUCAAAGAAGAAAAGCAAAAUGGUUGUCAAGCUGAUUGGACCAGCCUAUGCUUCCUGCAGUAGGAGGGUGCUUGCAUGCCUGAUAGAGAAAGAUAUUGAGUUUGAAAUUGUUCCUGUUGAUUUAUUCAAAGGGGAACAGAAAAAACCAGAGUUCCUAGCCUUACAACCCUUUGGAAAAGUGCCAGUAGUCCAGGAUGGAGAUCUCACACUAUUUGAGUCCAGGGCUAUCAUAAGGUACUAUGCAGAGAAAUAUGCAGGACAAGGGAUUUGUCUGCUGGGCAAGACUUUGGAGGAGAGAGCAGUGGUUGAACAAUGGCUUGAAGUUGAAGGACAGAACUUUGGUCCUCAUGCUUAUGCAUUAGUUUAUCAACUGCUCUUUGCCCCAAGGAUUAAUAUGCCUCAGGACAAGGCAUUUAUUGAGAGCAGCGCCCAAAAGCUGGGGGAAGUGUUAGAUGUAUAUGAAGAGAGGCUGUCAAAGAGCAAGUAUUUAGCAGGAGACUUUUACAGUCUUGCUGACCUGUCUCAUCUUCCAUUUACUGAGUAUAUAGUAAAUGGUACUGACAAGGCAUAUCUGAUUAGGAAUAGGAAGCAUGUGAAUACAUGGUGGGAGGAUAUUUCCUCCAGACCUGCAUGGAAGAAGGUUCUUGCUAUGUGAAACUGUGGAUCAUGUGGUUUUUCUCUUACAACUGUUCGUUCUACUCUGUAUCACUGAUUAACAUAAAUGAAAGUCAUGAUUCUAUUA